AUGCAACAGGCUAAAUGUGGCAAAUUAAAGACCGAUCUUCCAGCCGAUAUCGCUGUUAUGCCCAACGGAACCCAGAUACACGCCCCUGGGAUCACUGAUGACGUACUCGAAUAUCGCCGACACAUUGAUAAGCAACUUGCGCACGGUUUCAAGAUCGACAAGAAGUACCUUCGUACCCAUGUUACCUUUGAGAAAUCAGGGAAGCCAAAGGAGAAACCAGAGGAGAAAUCAGAGAAGAAUCCAAAGAAAAAUCCAAAGAAGAAUCCUAAGGAGAAGUCCACAAAGACGUCAACAAAGAACCCCACACCUGAGGCAGAUACCAUCCCGGAAUGCCCUGUCUGGAUUAUCGAAAACUUGACCAAGGAAAAGGCAGCGGCGUUCCUUGUAGACCUAUUUCAGAGCGUGGGCAAAGUUAUCAAAGAGUCAAGGGACAUGGAUUUCCUUGAUAUGCCAGGAGCAUUCCCUCGUGGGUGA